AGCGGACCGAACCGCGGCCGCAGCGGGGCGGCGGGUGCAAAGGCGGCGGCGGCGCUGGUGCGGGAAGUCAGUCUGUCGUCGUCUCCGUCGGCAGCGGCGGCGGCGGCAAUGCGGCGGCCCUGCUGAGCCCGCCAGCUCCGGGCGCCGGGAGCCAGCCGCGCGAGGCGGCUUGGGCCGGGCGGCAGCAUGCGGAGCGGCGAGGAGCUGGACGGCUUCGAGGGCGAGGCCUCGAGCACCUCCAUGAUCUCGGGCGCCAGCAGCCCGUACCAGCCCACCACCGAGCCGGUGAGCCAGCGCCGCGGGCUGGCCGGCCUGCGCUGCGACCCCGACUACCUGCGCGGCGCGCUCGGCUGCCUCAAGGUCGCCCAAGUGAUCUUGGCCCUGAUCGCAUUCAUCUGCAUAGAGACUAUCAUGGAAUGCUCCCCGUGUGAAGGCCUCUACUUUUUUGAGUUUGUGAGCUGCAGUGCGUUUGUGGUGACCGGAGUCUUGCUGAUUCUGUUCAGUCUCAACCUUCACAUGAGAAUUCCCCAGAUCAACUGGAACCUGACGGAUUUGGUCAACACUGGACUCAGCACUUUCUUUUUCUUUAUUGCUUCGAUCGUACUGGCUGCUUUAAACCACAAAACCGGAGCAGAAAUUGCUGCCGUGAUAUUCGGCUUCUUGGCAACAGCAGCCUACGCGGUGAACACGUUCCUGGCUGUGCAGAAGUGGAGGGUCAGCCUCCGGCAGCAGAGCGCCAACGACUACAUCCGCGCCCGUACUGAGUCCAGAGAUGUGGACAGCAGGCCCGAGAUCCAGCGCCUGGACACGUGAGGACGCACUGGAGUCUUCUUCCCUCUGGUCCUCAUGCCCGUCCUUUCAAUCAAGUUUUUCUUUUCCUCAUCACAUCAGAUUAUCAUGUGACUAAGUCGAAUUUUGUCCUCCUUGGUAACAGUUCAUUCUGGGAAAGGGCUUUCACGGUGGCCCUGAUGGUGGCUGCAGGAGGCAGGGGACCCUGUGCCCAGCCUUGCACACAGAGGUGGUAGGAGGGGCCUCUCCCCCUCCCCCCCAUCCUCUGGUUUGGUGGUCGUGGGAGCCAGUGUCCUCGCGGGCCGCCGUGUCCACUUCACUGUCCCUGAGCACAGGCUUUGAGGCUGACUCUGAGCCACCCCCACAUGUGUAUUCAUGAUGGGUCAGGACUUUGGAUUAAAUGGGGGCUGCUAGGAGAGGAAAAAACAAAUAUCAAGGAGUGAAACUUUAUGGUUGGAACAGUGGGUUAGCAGUGAUUUCUGGGCAACCCCCACAGAGGCCCUGGAUGCGUUUUAGUCUUGCUGCCAGGAUGCCCCUCUACCCAUUGUUUUCCAUGCCUGGGGGCACCGGGACCCCAGCACGAGCAUGGGAAGCCAGGUGUGACACCAAGGGUCUCGGCGGUGGGUGUGCCCGCCGGGUGCUUUGCUGGCUCUGGGCUUCAUGGAGGUGGGGGAGGCUGGCCGCCUCUUGGCUGGGCUCCAGGGGAGGUCACCAUCUGUUUCCUACCCUGCUGAGACGUCCCUGGAAUCAUCUUACUGAAUCCCAGAGGCUCCUCCAAGAAAACGGGGACCAUCUUGUUUUCCAGUUUCCUACCUUCCCUGAAUACGCUGAGGCUGGACUGCAGAUUUUCUGUCAUCUUACCUUCUCAGAUAAAAGCCACAGAAGAAAUACAGUCUGUUCCACCAGCCCGGACCCUUGCCCAUUUGCUGGCCUCAUGGACCACAGAUGGGGGACACGCCUCUGUUUCAAGGGUGUGUCAUGAUUUUCAAGGCACGCCUGAGAAGAGUUCUAGAGUGAAUUCUGAGUGGCUCCGUCUAGGAUUUGAAAACUACUUGAAUCUGCACCGCGACACCCCCUUUCACUGAUGUUUCGGAGGGCGGCGACCCUGUACCUCAGGGUCAUAACUAUGAACAUCUAUCUUUGAGGCUGUCAGGGAACAUUCUAGUUACAUAAGGUGUUGUAUGAAUUCUUGAUAAAGUGGAGAUUAUUGUGGUGACUAAGUUACACAAGCCCCUGCGAUGCUGUAGUUUCUUGUUUUUUUUCUGUUGGAGACUAAUUGUUCCUCUUACGGAAAAUUUGUUUUUACGUGUCGGGUUUUCACUCUCUUAACUGUCCUUAAUGUUUACAGACCUCUCUCUAGCUCUUAUAAGUUUGUGUUUCGCCCUCACCAAGGAAAAGAACGCUCACUGCUGGUGGGAAGAUUUUGCAUUAAUGAGGAGAGUCCCCAGGAGCUUGUGCUAGUGAGCGCUUACAGCUUCAGCAGCAGGCAGUGUCACGAGAGAGGGGGUCUGGGGGAGCAGAGCCUGUGUGAGGCUGGCAUUGCCUUCUGCAGAGCGGAGCAGCGUACAGUUCCCUGCACCGGUGGCCUCGUCAGGAAGCACUGCUUGGCUGGGGACCCUGCAGGAAAUGGUACUGUGCCGUCUCUGAAGGGUCGGGGUUAGGGCUCCCUGAACCGAACAUCCUAUACAACUCAAGUUCUGCUGAAGUUCCUUUCUGGGGCCAUGACCCAGGCCACCUGGUCUGCUCAGAGAGCCAGCUUGUCUGGGGGUAAGUGACCUCCCACUGUCCCUGCCUAGGGCAGCCAGGCCUGGUCACGGUGGGUCUGACUGAGCCCUCUUCCCAUGGAUGUUGUGAGGCAGUACAAGCCAGGCUUCACAAACCUCAUACCUGUUAUGUAUAGUGACUUUUGAGGAGAUUAUGACAUCUGGAUUUUAUCUGUUCAUUUUAUAUAUUUAUUUUGCAUUUGUGGAGUGUAUAUGCUUCGUCAAAAUGGGGCUUAUUGCUCUCUGAGAAUUCCAUUUAAAAACAGGGUUACAAAGACUCAGCCUUGCAUCAGAUGGGGCCCACUUGGAAGGACCACCCUGAACUUUAUCAGAAAUCUCCCUCUGGGAUUCAUGUUACUUGGCCUCAAUAAAAAGCUGCCUUUGAAGUGAGAUUGGAAAAAAGAAGACUCUUCAGGCGAGGGUUGUUGCCCAAGUUUUUCCAAGUCACUUCAAUACAACCAGUUUAUCAUCUGGUUGAAAGGAGCCUGUUGGUAUCCUGAGGAUGUGUUGUCAGCUGCAAGGAACAGUUCUGAAGCCCAUUGAAGUUGUACACGCUGACAGAUGAUAAAAAGUGGUGACACCUUGUGCCAUAGACCACUUAGGAAUUAAUUUACAUCUUAGUGUUAGAGUCUUGGAAUUAUUUAUGUCCCUGUAACUAUUUAAUGUCCUCUGUGCCAUGAGGCUUUCCCAUGGUUUUUGUAAAUAUAUUUCUUUAUAUUUAAUUAGCUCCCAGUAUAGCCGAACGUGACCAGAUAUGCUGAUUGGCGUACUGUAGAGUCAUAAGUCUUGUCACGUGGUGAGAAGGAAGGAAGGAAUAUGGUUGUCUAGUAUGAAUGGAAAGACACUUGCAUUUUCUUUAUGUUGUUUCUGUGUACAAACAAGACAAUCUAGAUUUGGGGAGGCUUAAAAGGGCUUUUUUUUUUUUUUGCAAAUUGAAAUAAGCUUAUUUCUGCAUUUAAUAGUUGUAAUAUGGACCAGUGUCAGUUUGGUUUAGGAAAUUUUUAAGACUGAGGCAAUCUUAGUGUUUUUUAAUUUUCUGGUGGGAUGAUGUUGGCAUUCACAGUUGAUGCCCAACUUGUAUAUGUUUGAAUUUGUUCUUGGAGACUGGAUGGUUGAAACCCUCAAGCAUUUGGUGGAACCUCUGGUGGUUUUAGAUGGAUGCAAACACUGACGUCUUCAGAGAAAGUUUAUCCUGGCAUCGAUCUGGUUGAUGUGGUAUUUUUUCUUUUCUCUGAUUCUCCUUUACCCUCCCUUCACAUUGCCGAAGACAUGGGAGGGGGGUGGGGUACAUUAGCCCUUUCAUACAGAGAGAUUCCAGUCAUGAGAGCCUAAAGAUACUUGUCAGCUCUAUAUAAAGCUGGGGAAGGCACUGGCAGUUACAGAUUAAAACCUCAUAGCAGAAGUUCUAUUUGAAGUAAAGGAAACAGAUUUUCACCCUGCAGCAAGUCAUUCAAGAGAGACUACCUUUGCCCACAGAAAGGCAAGAAUGUUGACGCCUGCCCAGUCCCAAUAUCCAUGUCUUCCUUGGCAGCUUGAACCAAAGUGCCAAUAUGGAUGGAGCCCAGGCUGGCUGCAGGGAAGCUGGGGACCCAGUCUGGUUCUGGGGCCUUGGCUUUGGGAGGUGGAUGUCAGCCCCUACCCUUUGGACACCAUCACUGUCCCUUGGCUAAAGGCUCAUUCCUGUGGGUAGGCAUGGGGUGCAUCUGACCCCACCCCAUGUCAGAGGCUUCUUGAGAGAGCUUGGUGACUCAGUUGAAAACAUUCCUAGUCUUUUAAAGUUUGCAGUUUCAUUCGCCUUUCUUUGAGGCUUUCUGAGUGACUCAGUCUUGGGUUGAGCCACAGGCAGCCUCUGAGAUUAAGCACUAACUCUGGUCUGCAAAUGUAUGUGAAUUCCUGCUUGCAGAAAAUGACCCUUGAAUCCCCCCUCCAUGUGUCAUGUGUGUGGCCCAAGCUCACCUUUUCUCAUAGACUCACCUGUGCUGUUUGGGAAGGAACCCCUAGCCUCUCCAUGUGUUUAAGAGGUGGACCAAGUUCCUCAUCUCAGGCUGUACAAGAUUUUCUGUGGGCUGUUCCUAGAAUCUGCCCUAACAGAGUGUGGAGGAAACACAUGGCCACCUUAGUGAUUCUGGGAGGCAGUGAUGAUGUAAGUGGGUCCCGGUAUGCCACCCAUGUUCCAAACAAAGCAACCAUGAAGUCUUUGUGCCCAGGCCUGAUAGUCAUUUUCUCCACAUGUGGUUUACAGGAAAAUGUGAUACUAAGCAGAUAGCAAAAGGCAAAAACAACUCAGCUGAGGGCUGCUUCUAAAUUGAUUGUCUCAACCACAUAAAAAAUUGCUUCCUGCUCUAGUGACUGCCAUUAGCAAGUGAGAUCUCCAGACACGUUUCUAGCUCCUGGUGAAGUGUGCAGAACCCAGGGGCUCUUAUUUCAUCAGCACCCACUCCCAGGACCAGCUCAGUGACAGCUGAUGAGGAGGGAGCCUGAGAGGUGAGCGGAGGGAGGAGGAGGCCCAGACCGUCUGCUGUGGGCCUGUCGAGCGUGCUGGAAAUGGUUACCCAGCCAGGCUGUAGUUGGUUAACUACCUUCCUGUCCUCUUUGGAAAAGCAAGGUCUUGUAUUCUGGCUCCACUUGAGAGCAGGAGCCGAAUGUUGCGACCAGAGUGCCUGGGCACUGCUGGGCUCUUUGUGUGAGUUUGGGAACUCACAGGUGUGGACAGGUGAUUCAGAUUCUGAUCUGGGGGCCCCCUUAGAGGGGACACAGACCUAACACCCCCUGCCUCGAGCCGUGUAAACCUUCCUGGCUCUUUGUAAAACCUCCCAUUUCUUCUUUCCUCAGAAGAUAUAGCUGAAAUUGUAACUGUCUGGUUGAGAAGGUAAUUUGAAAUCUUUGUGGCUCUUUACAUUUAUUUAGAAACUGUUUCUGCCCUCAAUAUCUGUUAGAUCUAGAAUAAUUUUUUUUCUCAAAGUUUAAUGUUUGUUUAUCUUUAGCUUUUCUUCAUACCAGUAAAUGGCAUUUAUAUACUUACAGGCUUGAAACUCCAUUUUUUGGUUUAGAUUAUAUUCUCAUUUCAUUUGGAUGUAAUUUCUCAGCCUUGGGGAUUUAUUUUUUCCUUUCUUGUUUUUAUUAUUCUAUAAACAUUAAAAAAAAUUACCCACCAGCCCGCUGAGUCUAAAUCAGUGGCAAUUUGCCUAAUGUUUAGUUUAUGGAUCCUUGAAUCAUGUAUCUUUUUCACAGGGUUAGUUUGUUGUCUAGUUUUUAUUCCAAGACUUCAGUCUGGGUGACUGCUAUCUGGACACCCUGGCAUGUCGUGUCUCCUUUGGGAUGCAUUCUGCACAGGGCCGAGAGCCUUCAUGAAGGGGUUAAUAGCCUGGACUCCAGUGAGCUACAUCAGAACUUUCAUUUAGAGUAGGACCUUGUCUCAAAUGACCUUAAUCAGCUUUGCUGGCAGGAUUAGGGUGAGGCCUGAAGUUUCUUUUCACCAUUGCGCCUCAGAAGAGAGAACGCGUGACACAAUUGAUUUGACGAGGAUUCAGUAAUAAUCUGAAACUAUCCAAUUUGAGUCAUCUUGGGAGGAUGCUGCUGAAACCCAGUAGGAGGCACCCCUUUUAUCAGGACAGCCACCCGAAGGAACGGUCAGGAAGCGAGGACGGCAUGGGAGCCUGGUGCCCAGGCAGGCAGGGCCGCGUCUGGCUGCUUCCCUUUGUGGCCCAUUUUGCUUUCCUGCCUUUUCCAGAAUCGACUUCACAAGUUUCAGGACUUUGCUCUUCUCUCUGCAGAUGUGAGGAAGGCAGAUACUCGGGGCUUGGAGGGAAAACUGACUGGUCCAAAGCCUCCUGGGGGAGCUCAAGGGUGGGACGCAAUGUGCACCGCCCCCGUCCCCCCAGGACUGGCCCAGGCCCAAGGCCUCACCCCGCUCCCAGCUCUUGUCACUCGUUUGAAAACGAGUUUUCAAACCCUGCCUCAUGAUGAAACUGACGUAUGUGGAUAAAACCCAUGCUUUUUCUAAGCAAUAAGAGAACGCCAGGGGGCGAAACUAUUUGUAUAUGUUGAAAUUUGUAGGGGUUCAGGAACCCGUGGCAAAAACACUUAGCUAUUUAUUACAAGUAUGACUGUAUUUUUUCCUGUUCCCAAAGUAGGUAAUUAUGUCUUUGUAUAUUUUAAGACAAAUAAUAAUCACUUCACCUUCGGUGCCUUCUGUGUGUCAGUCACAUAAACACUCCCGUCAAUCAUGGAAUUGAAAAAGAUGUACAUUUGGUUAAACAAGAUAACACUAUUUUUGUAGCAUGAUUUUAGAUUGUGUCCUUUUAAUAUUGCUUUCAGCAAUGCUAGUUUUGAGGUUCGGACGUUUUCCCUUUAAAACUUCAUUAUGUAUUUUAAAAAAGAAAAAAAAAAUCCAACCCCUCAGCUUUCCCUGUCUCUUCUCUGCUGCUUUCUCCCCAACAUCUCGUUUCUGCUUAAACAGUCUGAGAGUAAGAGUAUAUUUCUGUGAAAUAGUUAUUAAUCAGUAUAACUGCAUUUGGCUUUUUUUUUUUUACUCACUUGCUACUUCUGAACAGCCACUGCUCACCUCAAAUGGUAAGAGGAAAGUGGUUCCAUAAGAACAGAACAGAUCAUUCUCGGUGCUCUGACUUCCCCUUCUUUGGGUCUGAAAUGGUGACAAGCCCUUUCCCGGUUGCUGCCUGUCUUCCAGAUCGCUCAGGCCAUUCUCUUCCUUGGCCACCAGCUUCCCUCUGCCCGUGUGAGACGUCCUGGGGCAGGAGUGGGAGUAGGGAUUCUGCUGGUCUCGGCUUCAUCUUCCACUCAGAUCUCUGAUUGGUUCAUGGAUGCCCUGGAUAGGUUCGAUGGCCCUUUCUGGUUUCUGGCCCAAACAUACUAGAUUCCAUGCUAUGACGAACUUGAUGAAGACACAGAUGACCUUUUGCUUUCCCGCCCCUGCAGGACUGAGUAAUGUCUGGUCAAGAGAAAUCUUGAGGAAACUAGCUGAGCCCAUUUAAAAUGAAGGAAUGGAUUUAUUGAAACAUAAAAUUUUUUUUUUCCUGCUUUGAAGGGUCAGACAGAAUGUGUCAUAUUUUGUAACAAAGGAAGACGAGUCAGAUGGCUGAUAAUUCCCAUGUGACUACUCUGGUACUUGGCCCAGUGGUACUUGGGGGAGGGGCAAUGUUAAUUUAAUAACUACUACACUUUGCUUCUUAAAAAGUCUAUUUCCUUUAACAGUGUAGAUGCAGCUGUGGGGUGAGCUGAAGUGAUGUGUGUUCGGCAAACUUCAGUUUAUGCUAUUGGUUGGUCCGAGCUCCCAUCCUGGCUUCUGAGGCUGGUGUGGGCACCACCCAGCUGCCACCAGCCCCAGAUUUGACUAUCCAUUCAGAGUGGUUUGGGGGCCCCAGAGCCUUCGCUCCUGUUGGUUUAUUCCUGACAGCCUACAGAGCCUCACACUGCCCUCAGUUUUCCCCCUUUAUUUCUUUUGAAGGACCAAUUUUUUCAUGGUACUUGCCCUGAUUGUUUUCAUAGUGUUCAAAUCUGUAUUUUUGUAUGUAGAGGGAAAUAAUUUUCUCAACACUAAUCGCUAAUAAAUAUUGUAUUGUCAUGAAGGAGUUCUUGUUUAAUAAACGGACAUGUAAAAACA